GUGCUGUGUUUGUUUAAGUGCCACCCGUUUAAAAUAAUUUAUUAAUGGCAGUCAGUUAUGAAUAACCUGAAACAUAACUUCCAUUGCUAAACCGAUCUACUGACAGAUGUGGAUAGUUUUACAACAGAUUGUUGGGCUGGGGAUGGGAAAGGUGAGAAGGAGAGAGAGAGCGAGCGAGUAAGGGAGAGGUAUAUCCCUCUGGAGGAAGAGGGGAGAUGAAGGGAUUACCGUAGAUCUGCUACACCAACCUGCCUCUUGAGCUGCUUUUGUGGUCUUAAACACAUGCGCGCAGUCUACCGGGAGGUGCGCAAACACGCGGAGUCUUUCACUGUUCUUACGAAGCAUCCGAGACAGAUUCACAAAAUAUCGUUAAUGGUGCCAAACUGCGCUACUCGACGGUGUUGUGCUGCGUGAGGAAUCACCUGCCUGGUUUGUCCGCCGCGGAGCAAUGACAGAGCUGAGGAAGCGAGUCGGCAGAGGUGACCCUGACAGCUCAGGAAACAUCAGUGACAAGGAGAAAGAUGGUGAGGACAGACUGGCCUUCUCAGGUGAGGGAGAGGCAGAUGGAGAGGUGGAAGUGGAGGGAGACUCCAAAGCCGACACUCCGGAGGUCCCGCCAUCAGUAGACAACACUCCAGAAUGUCUCAACAAAGCUUUAGAAGGCCUCUCCUCUAGAUGGAAGAAUUGCUGGAUACGUGUCAUUUUGUCUCUAACAAUGAUCACUGGCUUCUGUUUAAUAAUCUGGGCUGGACCCAUCAUGCUAAUACCACUGGUCAUGACCAUUCAGAUUAAGUGCUUUCAGGAAAUAAUUACCAUUGGAUACAGAGUUUACCAUUCCUAUGAGCUCCCAUGGUUCAGGACACUAAGCUGGUACUUCCUGAUCUGUGUGAACUACUUCUUCUACGGUGAAACGGUAGCUGACUAUUUUGGCGUGUUGGUGAGGAGGAAGGAGCUGCUACAGUUCCUGGUGCGAUACCAUCGCUUCAUCUCCUUCACCAUGUAUCUGGCCGGUUUCUGCAUGUUUGUGCUGAGUUUAGUGAAGAAACAUUACCGGCUGCAGUUUUAUAUGUUUGCCUGGACCCAUGUGACACUCCUCAUUGUGGUAACCCAGUCCCAUCUGGUCAUUCAGAACCUCUUUGAAGGAUUGGCCUGGUUUCUUAUUCCAGCAUCAAUUGUGAUUUGCAAUGACAUCAUGGCUUACCUGUUUGGUUUCUUCUUUGGAAGAACACCUUUAAUUAAGCUCUCCCCAAAGAAAACCUGGGAGGGUUUCAUUGGAGGAUUCUUUGGCACGCUUGUCUUUGGGUUCAUUUUCUCUUACCUUGUGGCUCAGAUCCAGUACUUCAUUUGUCCUGUUGAGUAUGACAGUGAGAUGAACCGUUUUACCAUGGAGUGUCAGCCCUCAGAUCUUUUCAUGCUGCAAGAAUAUAGCCUCCACCCCAUGGUGCAGAACAUCCUUGGAUGGGAAACGGUGACUCUGUAUCCAUUCCAAGUCCACAGCAUCGCUCUCUCCACCUUUGCUUCUCUGAUAGGCCCAUUUGGUGGCUUCUUUGCAAGUGGGUUUAAAAGAGCUUUCAAAAUAAAAGAUUUUGCAGACACCAUUCCUGGACAUGGAGGCAUCAUGGAUCGCUUUGACUGCCAGUACCUAAUGGCCACCUUUGUUCAUGUUUACUUGACCAGCUUUAUCAGGGGGCCCAACCCCAGCAAAGUGCUGCAGCAGUUGCUGGCCCUGCACCCAGAGCAACAGCUGAGCAUUUUCUACUCACUCGGUGCCCAUCUAAGGGAGAAGGGCAUCCUCCUCGCCACUGGAGGUGAAGACUAACAAUCACUUUAUCAUAGCACUCCCCACACUGGUCUGGACCAGGUCCUGUCCACCCUCAGUGUGAAUCUUCACCCCAGGAGACACUGUAGCGAUAUCUGGACAGUGCCUUGGGACAGUGCAAACAAGUGCGCCAAUGACGCAAGAACAAGUAUUGUAGUGCAUUCAUUGCCGUGGCAAGAAUACAGCAUCUUCUGCAAUAUCGGGCUUUGAGCACUUGAUCGUAGACCACAGGUAGGCUACAGGAUCCAGCAUAUCUACAUAUCUGUGUGAAUACUAUGCUGGUUUGCCUCAUGAUGAAAAAUUGUAAGAAACACUGGUAAUCUCCAGCUAUUAUAACUAAUUUAAUAUUAUUCAUAUAUGGUGUAUAGGAAGCAUUCUAUAUUCCUCAAACAAAUGUUUGAAGCAGUGAGUAAAUAGGUAAACGUAAGUGAUUAUUACAUUGGUGAGGUAGUUUUAACUGCAGAAUCAGGUCAUCAGCGGCAUCCUUGUAAUGUCUCAGCCUUCUUCCAAAUUGUGUGAAUAGUUCAUUGAUAUUGAAUGUAGCAGACAUGGCAAACUGUAGUUUGCACACAAUUCUGAAACUGCAAUGAUGUGUACAUAUACUGAUUUACAUAUAUAUAUAGAUUUAUAGUAUUAAAAUAAUAUCAAAAUAAGACAGUAAUGUAAGCAAUAGCUGGGAUCUGUAGUAUUUUAUUUUGCAGUAUUUAACAUUCCUACUGAAUGUUAUGAAUUUAAAAAGCCUGUAGUUUCCAAAUAGAUUUUUUUGUAACUGGUUGCGCAUUAUGGCUUCAAGGUAAUGUACGGAUGUAUAUUAGCCAGUAGAGUUGGAUGCAUUACUCAGUGCAUAAUUCAUAAUUCAAGUUAUUUUUUUAAAGAGAUUUAACGUAAAUGUAUUGUUUUUUAUGUGACUGAAGGGAAGCAGUGUGUGAAAAUAGAACCCUUUGAUAUGGUCAGGUUUAGGAGACUCUUUUUUUUGUUCUGUACAGAGACUUAAAAGCAAUGAAGUAUUCUAUGCACGUACUGACUUUAGAGUAAACAAAUCUCAGAUGAUGAUUCAGCACAAAGCUGCAGAGAUCCUGUACGCCUGUGAGUGUAUCCCAUCAUGCUCUGUACAUAACUAAAUCUAUGCCCAAUAUAAACUGCUAAAGGUGACAGAUGGAGAAUAGAUAUGAGUUCUGGUUUGUAUCACUGACUCUUGGGAUGCGUCAGUCUCUUUUGCCUGUUUUACAGUUUCAGUUGCGCAAGGACUUUACCUGAUCAAUUAAACUCAAUUAAAAAUUUUAAAUACCAUUUUCUAUACAAGGAUCUUGUAUAGAGACAAAUGCGUGUCAUAAAAUCUGUUGCAGCAAAAUAUUUUGUAUGAAACAUUACUGUAUUAGCAUUACUAUUUCAUUGACAUGGGGUAAUGGUUAUGUGAUUUGUUGACAUAUCAUUUUUCUUUACAAAUAAAAUUUAUUUUAAUACUGUUGA